AUGGCAAUCGAAAAGCUUCCCCAGCGGAUAUUUGAUCAAAUACAGGAUGACGCCGGACGACCACUGAUCAAGCGAUUGCUUAUCGCAAACCGAGGAGAAAUAGCAUGCAGAGUCGUUGCCACGUGCAGAAAGCUCAAUAUCACAUCUAUUGCGGUAUACACAGAUCCCGACACCCACUCACUACACGUCCAAGAAGCAGACGAAGCCGUCCGACUUGGCGCAAUCGAUGGGCCCGAGGGGAACCCUCACCAGAACAUCCAGCUUCUGAUACAAACAGCUCUCGCUCACAAUGCCGAUGCGAUACAUCCUGGAUAUGGAUAUUUGAGCGAGAAUGCAGAAUUCUCUCGGCAGGUGCGCGAAGCCGGCAUCAUUUUCCUGGGUCCAUCUCCAAACAGCAUGGCGAUUCUAGGGGAUAAAAGGUCAGCGAAACAAUACCUGCUAAAAAAUGCGCCUAAGAUCCCUCUGAUACCCGGAUACAAUGGCACUGAGCAGACUGUCGAUCGUUUGUUGAUAGAAGCAGACCGUAUUGGAUUUCCAAUCCUUAUCAAAGCUUCCGCGGGCGGUGGUGGAAAAGGCAUGAGAAUCGUGCGGCAUAGGGAGCAGCUUCGGGACGAGUUGAAUAGAGCACAAUCUGAGGCGCAAAGAUCAUUCGGUUCAUCAGACUGUAUUCUUGAGAGAUAUAUCCAACGAAGCAAGCAUAUCGAGAUACAGAUACUAGGCGACAACCACGGCACAAUCGUCUCUCUGAUGGACAGGGAAUGCUCUAUUCAGCGCCGUCACCAAAAAAUCAUCGAGGAAGCGCCUUCACCGUGGCUGAAACCUGCGCUCCGCCAGAAGAUGAGCGAAACAGCCGUUGCAAUUGGUAAGCUCCUCGACUAUGAGAGCGCCGGCACGGUCGAGUUCAUCGUGGAUGUUGAGACAACGGAAUUCUUCUUCCUAGAGGUCAAUACACGGAUCCAGGUCGAGCAUCCGAUCACGGAGGAAACGACUGGUGUCGACAUUGUUGGUUUGCAAAUCUUUGUUGCAGGUGGUGGACAUCUCGAUGACUUGGGAUACUGGCACGACGGAAUGGCUCCUCAAGUUGGACACGCUAUUGAGUGUCGACUCUGCGCCGAAGAUCCGUCUCGGGACUUCAUGCCUGAUCUCGGUUUUCUUCGACAGUGGAAAACAGCUUCGGAGAUUCUGCCGUCAGCGCAAACUCAAGAUGUCCGCUUCGAGACUGGGAUCGCCACUGGGUCACAGGUCUCUAUCUACUUCGAUUCGCUUAUCGCAAAGAUUGUGGUUUGGGCGCCGACUCGCCGUCAGGCAAUUGAGAAAAUGGUCAAGAUGCUGGCUUACACAGUAUGCAUUGGAAUCAGGAGCAACCAGUCGUUCCUUCAAAGCUGUCUUCUUCAUCCAAAAUUCCGAGACCCAGAGUACUCAACGAGCUUCAUUCCUGACCUCUUGCCCACUCUUAUCAAAAACCCGUACGUGGACGACCUACUUGCAACCCAGGGGAAACUGUCAUUCCUACCCUCAAUACUUCGUCGACAAGCAAGUCUUCCGUCUGUACAGAACAACCGACAGUCCUUCCGAAGCCUUCCUCGCAGUUUUCGAAACCAGAAAGCAGACCUCGCAAAUGCUCAGGCAGAUGUAGUCCUGGUUCCGGCCCAUCCAGAGAAGAUUUUCAUCGUCGCAUGGCCCUCUUCGCGUUCACCAGAGAAGUUCCACAAUGUGACUAUACUGCCACUUUCCAAGCAGGACAUCCAGAAAUCCACAGAGAAAGUUUCUAGCGAGGACGUGAAGCCGAGCAUUCAGCUUGCUCUAGAUUACAAUCAAGUCAGCUCCCAUGUUCGCCAGCUUCCCAGGCCCGGCCAGACCAGUUCAUUGAGCCAUGAGGUGUCACUGUCAAUCCGAGCCACCAGCGUUUUUCAGCAGACGCCAGACUCAACUUGGCAUCUGCACGAGCUUUUCGUGUCUGUCGACACACAGAGAUACACAGUCUUCGCUGUCAGUGCCGCAUCCUCACCGGGCACUGACGUCGGAUCCCAUCAGAAAUUCUUCGCGCACAUACCCGCUCUUGGGACGUACAUCGAAUAUAAUUUGUGCUCUCUUUUGACUUACGGAGAGUCCUUACGCAAAGACACCGGCGAAUCAGCCGUGGCAUCACAGAGGAGCCCAAAAGCUCCGAUGCCUUGCAAAGUGUUGAAUGUGGCGAAAAAAGAUGGCGAAACAGUAAAGGUUGGGGAGAUUGCGGUGGUGGUUGAGAGCAUGAAGAUGGAGAUGAAUAUUCUGGCGGCUGCGGAGGGGAUUUUCAGGGCAAAAGUUGCCAUGGGCGAGGCGGUGGAAGAGGGAACCGUGUUGUUCACUAUAUCUUAG